AUAAAAUAGAAAAAGCAUCUGACAGAAUAUCCAGUAUAAAAAAUUAAGAAAAGGAAACUUCCUGAGAACUUCGGCCAUACACUUUCCCUUCCAUUUUUGCAGUCGUUUUUCUCUUGCUUAGUUCUUCUACCUUUUGCUGGUUCACACGCUUGAAGUUGAAGCUAACCCUCCAAAGUCAAACGUUACCUUUUCAGUGGCAAAUUCCACAACAGAAUUCGAUUUUCUUAUCCUCCUUUUUGAUCUUUCACGUAUUCUAUUCAUCAACCUUAUGGGUUUCUUCUCAUUCAUCCGUCGCUUGAUGCUUAUUCUCUUUGGCACGGCUAAUGAUCUUGUGUUCUUGAGCUUUAGCAAUGAAGAUACAGGAAAGAAUUUUAGUGAUCAUCUCAACUCAGCUCUCACCAUUGCAGGAUUUCGCACGUUUAAAAACGAUGAUGGCGUUCGAAGAGGAGAAAAUACCGGCUCAGAAACCAGAAAAGCAAUACAGGAAUCGAAGAUAUCUGUCAUUGUGUUUUCCAAGGACUAUGCUUCUUCAACACGGUGCCUCGACGAGCUCGUCAUGAUCAUGGAUGCCAGGAGAGCUACUGGGCACAUUGUGCUGCCCAUAUUUUACCAUUUGGAUCCAUCUGAAGUCAGGAGCCAGGAAGGGAGAUGUUUCGAAGCGUUUUCUACACACGAGAAAAGCUUCCAGGGUGAGAAGGGGAGGGUGGAAGAAUGGAGGGCAGCUCUUAGAGAAGCUGCAGAUGUGGCAGGGAUGGUUCUACAAGACAGAGGCGAAAACACCCGUCGAAGUUUUACGGACCAUCUCUACACAGCUCUUUGUAGAGCAGAGAUUCGCGCUUUCAGAGACGACGAUGGGAUUCGUAGAGGAGAGAACAUUGCUUUAGAAAUCAAGAAAGCAAUUCAAGAAACAAAACUAUCCAUUAUUGUGUUUUCUAAAGACUACGCUUCUUCGAGAUGGUGUCUUGACGAGCUAGCGAUGAUAAUGGAACGUAGAAGAAAUGUUGGGCACAUAGUGUUUCCAGUUUUCUACGAUGUUGAUCCAUCUGAGGUGGGGACGCAAACAGGGAGGUAUGGUGAAGAGUUUGCUAAGCAUGAAAUACGUUUCCAGGACCAGAUGGAGAGGGUGGAGGGGUGGAGGAAGGCUCUUAAAGAAGUUGCAUACAUGGAAGGAAUGGUCUUAGAAGACGGGUACGAGUCAAAGUUCAUAGAGUCGAUUGUUAAAGAGAUCGCAGAUAAACUCAAGCUCUCACUGCCUCACGGCCCUCCGUCCUCGUUACCACUGUCGUCAGCCCCCCGCCCACCUUCGUAUUUUUUUGGUCUUUUACGAGAGUGGAGGAGGUACGAGUCAAAGUUCAUAGAGUCGAUUGUUAAAGAGAUCGCAGAUAAACUCAAGCUCUCACUGCCUCACGGCCCUCCGUCCUCGUUACCACUGUCGUCAGCCCCCCGCCCACCUUCGUAUUUUUUUGGUCUUUUACGAGAGUGGAGGAGGUACGAGUCAAAGUUCAUAGAGUCGAUUGUUAAAGAGAUCGCAGAUAAACUCAAGCUCUCACUGCCUCACGGCCCUCCGUCCUCGUUACCACUGUCGUCAGCCCCCCGCCCACCUUCGUAUUUUUUUGGUCUUUUACGAGAGUGGAGGAGGUACGAGUCAAAGUUCAUAGAGUCGAUUGUUAAAGAGAUCGCAGAUAAACUCAAGCUCUCACUGCCUCACGGCCCUCCGUCCUCGUUACCACUGUCGUCAGCCCCCCGCCCACCUUCGUAUUUUUUUGGUCUUUUACGAGAGUGGAGGAGGUCUGUCUUUCAGACCCCCUCUCUCUUUUUAUUUUUUUUACUUCAUCAGUCGAAAGAAACUUGAUCAAGUUUCUUUCGACUGAUGAAGUCGUGGGGCGGUGGGGGUAAAGCAGAAGUGUGAAUCAAUAGGAACUAAGCACGUGGAUAUCUGUCGGGUGAUGAGAACAAAAGGCUGAAAAGAAUGGUCCGCACAACUUAUUUUUCUUCUUUAAUGUAGACGGUGUCUUCUGCUUCAAUUAUCGUUCAGUUUUAAGAGUUUGCUAA